CAAUCAGCCCCUUCAAUUUCCCUUUAUUUCCAUUAUCGUACCAAAAGAAAACAAAAAAUCCUCUUUUUCUUUUCCUUUCCAUCGAUCGCCAACGCCAACACCACCACCACCACCCUUAUCCUUCUCUCAAUCAUUUUGCACUUAAAUUGGUUAAUUCGCUUGAGUGGGUGUUUGAGAGAUGAAGAUCGAGGAACUAGACGAUGUGGAGUGCGAUCAAGAUCAAAUCGAUACCGUCGACUCUAAGCAGAUGAUGGUGAAGGUCGACGCCAAGAGAGCUCUUGUCGGAGCGGGUGCUCGGAUCCUGUUUUAUCCGACCCUUCUGUAUAAUGUAUUCAGGAACAAAAUUCAAUCAGAAUUCCGAUGGUGGGACGAAAUUGACCAGUAUCUAUUGCUUGGUGCUGUCCCUUUUCCUAAAGAUGUUCCGCGAUUGAAGCAGCUUGGUGUUGGUGGUGUAAUUACUCUCAAUGAGCCUUAUGAAACUUUAGUUCCAUCAUCACUGUAUCAUGCUCAUGGCAUUGAACAUCUUGUAAUUCCCACAAGAGAUUAUCUUUUCGCUCCUUCUUUUGUAAAUAUCAGCCAAGCUGUUGAUUUUAUUCACAAGAAUGCAUCCUGUGGUGCAACUACUUAUGUUCAUUGUAAAGCUGGGAGAGGAAGGAGUACCACUAUUGUGCUCUGUUAUUUGGUUGAGUAUAAGCACAUGUCACCUAUGACUGCUCUCGAAUAUGUGCGCUCUAGAAGACCACGAGUGUUGCUUGCUCCAUCACAGUGGAAGGCUGUUCAAGAAUAUAGCAGGCGUCGACCACCGCCUACUGCACAUUCUCCCUCUAGGGAUGCGGUUCUGAUAACAAAAGCAGACCUUGAAGGGUAUCAUAGUGCAUGUGAUGAUGAUGCUAUUGGUAAGGAACUGGCAAUUGUCUCUAGAACUAAGACCAGGCCCAUGAUGGCUAGACUGUCCUGUCUCUUUGCUUCCUUGAAAGUUUCUGGUGUUUGUGGACCUGCUACUGGCCGGAUGCCUGAGGCACGGGCAUGCUGAUCCCCCAAAUCCUUCAUGAAAUGGAGAGAGGUGGUUGUGCUGUAUAGAGAAGCAUAAUGAAAAUAUGUUUCCAAGUUUCAGGGUGACCCUCUGUUUAUAGAGAAAGAAGGUCAAAGCGGAUAGGUGGAAGAGUUCUUGGAUGUUGCAUGUAUCGUCACAGCAAUGGCUGACAAGCAAUUUGCAUCGGCUUGUACAUAAAUCCCACUUCACUUUUGCUUUUAAACAGUUAUUUUUGUAGUACUUUUGUCAAUAAUAAUAACAUUUUCUCUGUAAGAAUCUAAGAAGUGAGGCAUUUUACUGGCAUUUGAAACAUCAGGUAGCCCAUCUGAGAUAGUCCUUCUCAAAAGCAUUUUAUUUUGUAGUUUGAGUUGGCUAAUCAUUGUAUUAUCCUGUGUAUGAAUAUACAGUGAACAUACGGGUUGCACUUGGGUUGAAGAAUGUAGCCUCUGUUACUGGAUGGUUUUGAUCCGUAUGAAAAGAGAGUUGAUGUAUAAGAGAUGAGGUGUGAAAUGAAAUUCUUGCUAUAUAGAUGAAGUA